AUGACCCACUCAGAAGCUUUCGGAAUCAUCUUUAAACAUAUUGAGAAUUUCUCAAAAACAUUGGACGGAUUAUCUAACCACAUCAAUAAUCGGAAACAAAAGGUAAAGUCAGUUAAAUUAGUCUCCGACAGCAACCAACCAAUUAAACCUAAACAACCUCUUCCUCCAAAAACAACACUCAUAGAACAAACUCCAUCCCCUGCACAUCCUUAUCGAACUGAUGGACCAUCAAACCAAAUAUCUAAAAUCAAAAAUAUUACACAUCCAACAAACAAAUCGAAAAUCAACAAUCAAAAUAAGACAACAAACUUCAUCACCAACACAAACCUCACCAAACCAAUUGAAACAAGCACAAACCUCAUCAAACCAAUUGAAACAACUUCAAAGCCCCAAAGUCAACCCCAGCUUCAAUCUAAGAGCCCACCUAUCAACACCAGCUUCAACCUGAAUGAAUCGCAAUCGUCAUACUUGCAAAUAGCCAAGACAGCCAAGAACAUUACAUUUGAUCCAACAAAAAAAACUCCGCAAAUCAAAUCCUACAAUACAACAACAACCAUGUACCCUCCUGCUAAAAGAGCUAAAACAAUUAACUAUUCUCACUGUGUAUCUAUUUACCUCAGUAAGCAUAUCGACUCAGACAUCACUGAAUUUAUUACAGAUGCAGUCAAAGAAAAACUUACAUCAUGGUACAUACCUAACGACAAGACGCACGUACUCCAACUUGUCUGUAACAAUCAUGAAGAUUAUGUAUCAACCUUGGGAAUUUUAAACUCACAAUCAACAAGAGACUCCAGUCCAUUCAAAUACGUUGUGACUCCUAUGAAUUUCUCACCAGCUGAACACACCCUCAAAUAUCAUACUUCAUCAUAUGACGAGAUGAUGAAGUAUACUACACACAUUAUCAAAAAUUUUUGGAAAAGAACUAAUGGAGUUAAAGAAACUAAUACCAGUUAUGACAGAGUCCAAAAGCUUUAUAAAAUCAGAAUAGCAGUUGAAUCUCUUGAAGAUAAAGAAUAUUUUAUGGCAAGGAAAUAUUCUGAAUACCGAUCCAUUGACCAGAUCAUAACAGAAUCUAAGCUUAACUGCUCUUGCAAUUUUUCAUCCCUCUACACAGAGAAAGAUAUCAAAACUGCGAUACAAAAGAUGGUGGAAAAAAAGCAACUAAAAAUUCAAAAACAACAAGAAAACGAAGUGACUGGUGCAACCAAUAAUUUCCAAUUCAAUAAUGACCUCUCAGCAUUAGAAAAGAAUCACAAAUCACUUCAAGUAGAAUGUACUGAAAACUCAAUCAAACUGGAAUCACAUUCUAAACAAAUACAAAACAUCACCAAUACACUAACAGACCACACAAAAUCCAUACAGACCAUUUUUGAAAAACUCAACGAAAUAGCUUCCAAAAUGGAAAAUAUUGAAUUACAUUUGACAAAACCGUACCAUCAAUUAAUUCAUGAAUCCAAGGAUGAUGUAGAAGAUGAAGAUGAUGAAUCUUAUCACCCAAAACCAAAUGAAAAUAGUGAUGAUGAAAUGGAAUAUGACGAAGAAGAAGAUAUAGUAGAACCUAGAAGAGGUGAUAAACCUCUUGGAAAUAAGAACAAUUAA